UUUGAACCGAUUGUCCAUUGCACAAUUGUCUUAAUAUACAAUUGUCAGGGCUAUGGAGCUGACAUGAGUCACCAUCAUAAAAGUUAUUUCUUUUCCCAUGUGCGAAUUUCUUUUCUCUAUUUUUCUCUAAUUCUUACUAACCUCGCAUUUUUUGGCUUUCAUUCACCAAAUUCUUUGUCCAAAUCAAAUUUCUUAUUUUUAACCAUACAUACUUGUUUACUACUUUUUUAUAAAAAAUUUUACAUAAAGAGCAAUUUGUUAUCGUUUCUAACGUUACGAGUAUCUAUUAAACUUUAUACAUCUCAUUUAAUUAAAAACUUGACUUUUUAUUAAUUUUUUGUUCUGUUUAGUAUUAUUAAAGAAUCUUAAAAAUGAGCUAUCAACCACAAGCAAAUAAUCCUUACGGAUUUAGAGCUGAUGAAAAUGCUCAUACAGCUGAAAGUGGAAUGCCAAAAAAUGAAAUUGGAUUCAAUGAUCAAACGAUUAGACAAGCUUUUGUUCGGAAAGUUUUUACUUUGGUCACUAUCAUGCUUGGUGUCGUUACAGUUAUGUCAGCAAUUCCUCACUUUUACAAGGAUGGCGAAAAAUAUCCACUCAGAGAGUACCUGAGAAAGAGUAUGGGGCUUUAUAUUUUGUCAUUAGUGGUUUUUCUGGUCGUCUACUUUGCAUUAAUUUGCUGUGAAAAUGUUCGCCGUAGUCAUCCGACAAACUUGAUUUGUACUGGCGUUUUAACACUUUCGAUUGGAUUUGUGACGAUGGUUAUGACUUCUUUUUACACGGUCGAUUCUGUUGUUCUUGCUUUUGCUGUUACAACUCUUAGUUGUGGUGGUAUAGUCAUCUUCUCGAUGACCACUAAACGUGACAUCACCAGCAUGCUUGGUUUUGCCGUCAUAAUUGGGAUGGUUCUGAUGCUUUUUGGAUUUUUUGCGGUCAUGUGGACAAUGAUUUUCCAUACCCGAACUCUUUAUCUAAUCUAUGCUGGUUUUGGUACUCUCGUUUUUAUGUUAUAUUUGGCUAUCGACAUUCAGAUGAUUAUGGGAGGACGCAAGUUUGAAAUUGAACCUGAAGAACAUAUUUUUGCUGCUAUUAUGCUUUUUAUGGAUAUUGUUCAAAUCUUUUGGUUCAUUCUUUCACUUUUUGGUGAUAGAUCGUAAACGAAUGGAAUCUUUGCUUGAUGUGUAUUUAUGCUUGAAAAAUGAAUGGGUUGCUAACGAGAAAAAAAAUAUAAUUUUUUGAUAAACUUUGAAUAUACAUAGAUAUUAAAUUUAAUUUUUUAAAUUUUAUUCUCUUUAUUUCAGUCGUGACUAUAUUAAAAAAAUUUUGGACUCUUAGUUUUUCAAAAAUUGCGGAAGUAUUCUUUUUUACAUCCAUUUUAUUUUGUAAAUUUAUUAAGUUGCGACUUUUUAGUAAUUCCUGUUUCUGAAUUU